CCAACUGAAGCAGCGCUGGCUAUAAAUAGCUGCCGACACAUAUUCCCCAUGUCCACAAACCAGCCAAGAUCGACACACGACACACGACACAAAAACUCCUGAAACUAGCGUCAGUAGGUACCGAGAGUUUCUUCUGAAGAUGAGCGUGGAGAUCCUGGACGGGAGGACGGUGCAGAGCUUCGUGGAGGACGAGGGCGCCUUCAACGCCUCCGUCGAUGGACGCUUCGCGGCCCUCGACGCCGACCACGACGGCCGGCUCUGCUACAGCGAGAUGGCCGGGGAGAUCAUGAGCCUCCGUGUCCUCGAGAAGCACUUCGGUGUCGACGACGCCGGCGCCGUUGGUCCCGACGAGCUCGCAAAGCUCUACCGCGUUCUGUUCGCGCGCUUCGACCGCGACGGCGACGGCGGGGUGGACCGGGAAGAGUUCCGGGCGGAGAUGAAGGAGGUCAUGCUCGCCGUGGCCAACGGGCUCGGCUUCAUGCCGGUGCAGAUGGUGGUCGAGGAGGGGAGCUUUCUCAAGGUGGCCGUGGACCGGGAGCUGGCCAGAGCUGCCUGACCGAUUCUGUUUCUACUACUACGAGUGUAUGUUACAGAGUGAGGCAUUAUGCGAGUGAGGAUAAUGUUUUUUUUUAUUUUCAAAACGAGAAGUGAGUAUUAAUGCUGAAGCCUCAAUGGCAUUCAGCUAUGUCUACGUAAUUGUGUAUUUACAGAGACGUUUAUGCUCUGUUCAGGAUUUCAUCUGAUUAAUCAGUUAAUUUACCGAUUAA